AACUAUUUCUCUUUUCUUGUUUUAGUGAUGAUCGCAGUGUCUCUUCAGAAGAAAAAGAUUGCCCUAGUUCCAACCUAGAUACGUCAAAGGACUCUAAAUCAGGAGAGGACAGCAGCUCCGAGAGCAGUUCUGAAAGUGACUCCGAUAAUGAGGAGCCAAAAACAAAUGGGGAACUGGGAGAGGUUUCCACCGAGGGCGCUUCCGCUCAGGCUGAAGAAUGGGGAGACAAAGAAUCACCCACAAAUCAUUUUAAUUCAGAAUGUGUUAAAAUUGAACCUCACUGUCAACACUGUAAUGCUGAAAAUAAACACAAUGAACAAGUGACCCCCAGACUCCUUUCCAGGGGACAGUUUUUGCUGAAGGUGGACACGGAGGGAGUGUACGAGUGCACGGAAACUGGUCUGAUCUUUGAGGUUAACAGAAAAGUUGACAUCAAGUAUUGCGUUUUGUCCUGGAGCAAAUACGCAGACCUGGUCGUCAAGCCCUGGGCUGUUGGGGGACCCAUGUUUGAUGUCAAAUGUGACCCAGCCUGUCUUACCUCCAUUCAGUUUCCGCAUUCCCUCUGCUUGGGGCACCAUGAUGCCAAUAUGACAUUCAGAGUCUUACACGUUAAAAAUUCCGAGGCCUCGUUAGAAUGUGCUGUGGAUCAUUCUGCGACCCACGUCAAAUGGCAUGUGAGCUCUCUUUCUCCUGUGGGACCUGUCAUUCAAAGCGAAGAAACAUUAUACCACCACGGGGCUGUGAUUCUGUACAAAGUCAUCGACCAGAAUCCCUCCUUAUCUUUUCGGGUGUACAUAGCAACCAAUAACGAGUCCUUCAUCAAGGAUAUUGCCAAGGCUGUCAAGCACUCCUCUAAGAAAUUCAUGAAAAUCGACAAGCCUCCUGUGUGCCUGAAGUUAUUGGAGAAUGGGAAGAAGUACAGACUGGUCAGUGAACCGGAAGCCGACAUCACCCCUGAGGAAAUUGAAUUUGUGGAUGGUUCCCUUUUAAAACUGAAAAGUUAUAUUGAAGUUUAUUUGGAGCAGCCAAUGGAGUUUAAAUUACUGUUGGUUGAAAUGGAUUCCGACGAGAUUGUAUGGAAAGCGAAACUGAGAGAAUGUGACUGGGUUCAACAUGAUCAGAGUAAGAACGUUUCAAAAAGCAGCACAAGUGGUAAAAGGCGACGUAAAGUAAGUAACACUCUACCUGAAGAGGAGGUCAGUGCUAAAAGAAUGAAGCAGGUUGACACUUCAGAUGGAGCCAAGACCCUGUUAACAGACGAUCAGUUGAUUACCCUUGCUGGGAAGUUGGGGAAAGAUUGGAUAAGUAUUGGCAUUUUCAACCUGGAGUUGGACAGGAGCGAUAUUGAUGAUAUCCAGAAGAAGGAAGAAAAUGUGGCAAUUUGUAAGUUUCGGAUGCUGAAGAAGUGGCAAGACAAGGAGCUAAGCAACGCCACAGUCCAGAAUUUAUAUAACUGCUUGAAAAACGUCUCAGCUGAAGUCCAGGAUGUGCUGGAAGGUUUCUUAUAGGCAACAUGAGAUUUGGAAGAUGGACCAGAAAAGGAAGCCUCAGGAACUUUUUAUCUGCAAAGCACCAUUUCACCUGGUCAUUGGGUAUCGACUUAAUGAGACCUUGAACUUAUUAGUCUCUGGAACAACUUCUCCACAGCCAGCCACUCUGGAGCUCACACUAAUCCAAGAACAAAGAGAAUGUAAAAUUUUGGAAAACUUGAGGAAGAAAACACCUUUAUAAUAUCAAUAUAUAUUUUUUCUUUUUUGGCACCUCCUGCUCACACCAUCCCUCCAGCUCCCCAACCCAAACGGAUAUCAUUACAAAGGGUGCUUAAUAUAACUCAGCUCAGGCAGGUGAGACAUGUGGUAAUAUUCUUUUUUGGAGUAGUGUGGACUCUGAAAUUCUUACCAAGUGCUUGAAACACUUUUAGCAAUUAAAUAGUGGUGCACUUAAACAUGCACCGAUUUAGUUUAGCUUUUAUCGGGUUGACAUUAAUAACGAAGAGAGGUUCCUGAUCUUUCAGCCUUCACACAGACACACGUGCCGCUGGGUACAAUCUGUCUUUUCAUGUGGGAUUUCAUUUCUGCAUCUCACCUUACUAACCUCUUUGGUUAGUGGCCCGUUACACUGUCAAACCAGUCAUGUUGCCUGAUCCUGGAGUGAUGAGAAAGGAAUGUCUUCCUCUCCCCAUCACAGGGUUGAUAGGCUCGCUCACAGGUGAUCUCCUCACCUUACCGGGCAAGUUCGACUGGAUCCAUUGUCAGAGUUGCUGUCAGAAUCACCGGCCCAAGCACUAUCUGUCUUGACUUUCACCCCGGGAUCGUUUACUUUGGGGGUGGGGGUGGGGAACGCUGCUC